AGGUAUGGACGAGGGGAAGAUGGACGAAAAUGAAUGGGGAUACCACGGCGAAGGCAACAAGAGUCUGGUAGUGGCCCACGUACAGCGUUGUGUGGUACUGCGUUUUCUGAAGUUUCAUCCAAAUAGAAAUAAGGCCUCAGAAGAAAUAUUUCAGCACCUGCAGAACAUAGUGGAUUUUAGCAAAAAUGUCAUGAAGGAGUUAUUUGGGGAGAACUGUGUUCACUCUGGGGAAGUUGUUCAGCUGCCUUUAGAUUUUGUGAAACAGCUUUGUUUAAAGAUACAGACUGAAAGACCAGAAUCUCGCUGUGACAAGGACCUGGACACACUCAGUGGUUAUGCUAUGUGCCUUCCUAACUUAACCAGACUUCAGACCCACCACUUUGUGGAGCACCGACCGAUCCUCUGUGUAGAGAUUAAGCCAAAAUGUGGAUUUAUUCCUUUCUCGAGCGAUGUCACACAUGAGAUGAAGCAUAAGGUGUGUCGUUAUUGUAUGCAUCAGCACCUCAAGGUAGCAACUGGAAAGUGGAAGCAGAUAAGUAAAUACUGCCCCCUCGAUCUCUACUCAGGAAAUAAACAAAGAAUGCACUUUGCCUUGAAAAGUUUGUUACAGGAGGCACAGAACAACUUAAAGAUAUUCAAGAAUGGUGAAUUAAUUUAUGGAGGCAAGGAAGUUCAAGACUCAGUGGCUAACUGGAGUGAGCUUGCACACCACCUGAAACCCUUCUUCUUUCCUUCCAAUGGCCUGGCCAGCGGGCCACACUGCACCAGGGCUGUGAUUCGAGAGCUGGUUCAUGUCCUCACUCAGGUGCUGCUGAGUGGCACGGAUAAGAGCCGACCAAGUUCUUGGAGAGCUGUGCCUUCCCCACCGGGUCCACAAACCUGUGAAGCCAGCCCUUUCAGCAGGCAACUGAGCUGUCAAGGAAUAAACACCGCAGAGCAGUCUGGGCUACCGAAGGACUGUCUUCUGUACAAAACCCUUCAGGUGCAGAUGUUGGACAUGCUAGAUAUUGAGGGCCUCUACCCUCUGUACAGCCGGGUUGAGCGGUACCUACAGGAGUUUCCUGAGCAGAGAAAAACAUUACAAAUAGAUGGACCUUACAAUGAAGCGUUUUACCAGAAAUUGCUCGAUGGCUCUACUGAAGACGAUGGGACCCUGGCCUACGCAUUAACCAAGGUGCAGCAGUACCGUGUUGCCAUGACUGCCAAGGACUGCUCUAUCAUGAUUGCCCUCUCCCCUUGCUUGCAGGAUGAAAGCCCUGGUCAAAAACCUGUUGUCCCUUCGUCAAAAUCCCGCCUUACCUUCUCAGUGUCUGUACUGGACCUUGACCUCAAGCCCUAUGAGAGUAUUCCUCACCAAUAUACACUGGAUGGCAAAAUCGUCAACUACUACUCGAAGGCUGUGCAUGCCAAGGAUGCUGCCACUGCCACACCACCCAGAUUCAAGGGAAACGAGAAUUGUACACUCCUUCUCCACAAAGUCUAACUUUUCUCCUGCAGUGUAUUUGGAACUCAAAUGUAGACUGGGAAGACUAAUGAUAGAGCUGUUUUCUGUUGUGUUGGGUGACUUUCGGUUAUGAUUUUUUUUUUUUUUUGGCUUUAACCUCUUUUGGCUGCCUCUCAUAGACAUGGAAUUGAAGAGCAAGAAACAUCUUCCAGGAGAAGGAAGUACUGACAAGAGCCCAGCAAUGUACUGUUCCCCAGGAAGGGCUUUUAUGUUCUUAAGCCAGUUUUUGGGAAUCCCUGUAAAGAUAUUCUGGGUAGUUUCUCACUCCCAAACAGAGCUCAUAUCUAACUCUCUAAUACAAAAGCCUUAGUGUGGGUCUCCUACCACCAUAUUCCUAACAGAAAACUGGAGUCAUCAUGUACAUCUUAUAGUUUGUGGAUACUACUGGAACUUCUCAACCAAGCCAUGUGGUGCUUUUUACGUGUGAGCCACACAGUACUACAGCGUGUGGGUGCAUCGGAACAGUGAUUGUGUGACUGGCUUAGACUCGGUCCCUGUGGAUGUGGAGUCAGAGUCUACGUGGUGGCUUCCUGGGACAGCAGGGAAUGCAAGGAUUCCAUUGAAAGGCACCCUUUUGACAAGAAAUUGCUUUCUGUGGGGUAUAGUAGCUGAGUAAUUUAAUCCUUAACAUUAGGAAUUGCUUAGUCUUUCCCAUCUGAAAUUGCUGCUGUAGAAGAUAAAAAUAGCGGAAGCUGCUGCAGGCUGGCUGGCCCUGCUAGGCCAAUAUCUGAGUGUGGGCCCCUGACAUGUUUGUCCUUUCUGGGCAUUGCAAUAUUUCCUUUUUCCUCUGGUUUGUUUGUGGCCCCGACUGCACACUGGGACUGGUAGAAUGAGAAUGCCUGCCAGCACCCAGAAGCCCUGUUUGUAGUCACCAGUGUUUGUUGCUAUGAAACCCUGCUGGAGUCUUGGAGGCAGUUGUUUUGUUUUGCUUUGUUUUAAUUUAAAAUAUAUAUAUAUAUAUAUUUGAAGGCUUAGAGCCAUGGUU